AUGGUAAAAGAAGUUUCACAAGCAGCAAAAUCGUUCGGAAGCAGGAUGUCUAAAGCACCAAGUGGAAAAGGUUUCUCGAUUCCUGGACGUGGAAUGGCAAGUAAAGCACAUUUUGCCAACGAUUUACAUACUUCUUCGCCAAAAUCAAUCUUACGUCCUAAACAAGUUUCUCCACAACGAUCAAAAAUUUCAAAUCGUGUAAGCUUUCAUGAAAGACAUGUUGUUCAACCAUCUUCCUCUUCGAAGCAUACUAUGCCACCUUAUGGAGGCACGAUUGGACGUGUAGAAGUACACGAAGGUUCAAAGUCAGCAAGACCACUAAACAAAAAAGAAUCUUUCAAGAAUCCAUGGGGACACAGUAGUAGUUCUGCUACAUCAAAGCCAAAGAAUAAUGAAGGAAGCAGAAGAAAUCGAGCACAAUCACAAGGAAGCGCAUUCUUUCAAUCUAUGCACAAUCGUCAACAAUCACAAAGGCAAAGUCAUGUUGGUGGCGGUCCUGCUGCAUCUACAGCGCAUUCACCCGCAUCCAGUCAUUCUCCAACUCAUCAAUCAGGAGAAGGAUCAGGAGAAGUUGAAAAGCCUGUAAAAGGCCUAGCAAAAGUAGCAAGAGAUUAUCCAGGACUAGGAUUCGCAGUGACUGGAGCAGCAAUGAUUGUUGGAACGACAAAGAUUGUGACGCAUAAUAUGCGUGCAAAAGAAGAGGAAGUGAUGCGUAAAAAGAAAGAGUUGGGUGUUCCACCUGUUGAUUUGAGUAAAGAACGAAAAGCAGAACAAAAAAAGUUGCAAAAACAAGCCCAGGCUUCCACACCUCCGCCGCCAGCACCAAAGCCUUCACCACCUCCAGAACCAGUAAAGGGGAAACCUUAGCUUUUCAUCAUUCUGACAUGUACUUGUA